AGCUGAAAAAAAGCCACGAUGAGCCGAGUGUCCGCGUGUUAGUGACAUAAAACACGCUGCGUGGGCUUUUGAGAAGACAUAUUCACCGAUGUUCCCAAACACAAAGCUGCCAGUCUCAGAGGAAACGCGUUUCAUUCCACAAAAACCCACAGAAACGGAACCAGAACCUGCUUCUGGACGUUAAAACGGCCCGAAUUAUGAGUCACGUGGUUACAGAAACACGAUCCGAUGUUCUACGCGUAAAAACUGACAGUAAAAGAAUUAAAAAUAGUGGUUUUCUCCCGUCCUGGGGAGCGAGAAGGAGUCCACUCCGCGUCUUAUUGGGCGCAUUAAGAGCCGCAGUUUUGGCGCAGAAACAGCCGCAGAGCGCUCAGAGGACAGGGAGGACAAAAAGCCCCGGAUCCGUCUGGUUCUGGCCCGGAUCCAGCUUCGCUUUGCGUUUCCAGCCGUUCUAAGCCCGAUCCGAGCGGACCGAAGCGCGGCCCGGGGCUCCUUCUCGGUCUCCCCGCUCACAGCGCCUCCUCGGCGGCCUCCAGCUGCGCAGCCGCCCGCUCCGCGCCUCACGUGUCCCGGACUGUCUUCCUCACAUGACCCGGGUGUUUGUCCCCGUGAUCAGGGCCUCCAUCUCCGUCCACCCGCGCCGCUGAAGUUCCUGACAUCCUGAUGGAGAUGCUGGAGCAGAGCCUGGAGGGCUCGGUGAGUCACGCUAAACAGGAGACGGAAGAAGUGGUGCAGCUGCAGGAAGGCGACGCCGUCGGGCCGGACGAGCAGUCGGCCGUCACCAUCGCCAGCGUCCCCCAGGCCGCCUUCGCCGACCACGGCGUUCAGUACCAGUUCCGCACGGAGAACAGCGGAGGACAGGUGACCUACCGGGUGGUCCAGGUGACGGAGGACCACCUGGAAGCCACGGCGGACGCCACCGGCGCCGUCAGCGUCGUCUCCGCUGCUGCCUUCGCUGGAGCUCCUCAGGCCGUGGCCCAGGCUGUGAUCCAGAACUCCUUCAGCAACGGGGGCAGUCCAGGCGGGGAGGCCGUCGGAGGAGAGACGCGGUUCGCUUACUUCCCAGCGGCCGCCGUCAGCGAUGGGACGGCGGUGUCGGUUCAGGCCGCCGACCCGGCCAUCACCCAGGCAGGAGGCCAGUUUUACGUGAUGAUGAGUCCGUCGGAGGUUCUGCAGACGGCGAGUCCGCGGACCAUCGCGCCCAGAACCCACACCUACACCACGAAGGUUGAUGGACCGCGGGCCCCCAGAGACGAGAGGCGGCGAGCUCAGCACAACGAGGUGGAGAGAAGACGACGAGACAAGAUCAACAACUGGAUCGUCACGCUGUCCAAGCUGAUCCCAGACUGCAGCGUGGACACCAGAACCGGCGCGAGUAAAGGAGGCAUCCUGUCCAAAGCCUGCGACUACAUCCGAGAGCUGCGGCAGAACAACCAGCGGCUGCAGGACGGCUACAAGGAGGUGGAGCGCGUGGAGAUGGACAACGAGCUGCUGAGGCAACAGAUCGAGGAGCUGAAGAACGAGAACGCUCUGCUCCGAGCUCAGCUGCAGCAGCACGGCGUGGAGGUCAACGGCGACGAGACGCCGCAGUGAGCCCCGGCGCCGUCGGCCGUCACACACACGGCUUCCACCGGUGAAUCCGAGCAGGACCCGGAGCAGGGACGACUUCCAUCUGGACCCGGACCAGCGUGGACGGCGUCCCCUGCGCCGGCUGCUCCCUGCAGGGCUCCGUUACCCGGAGCUCUCCACCUCCGCCUCUGCUUCCACCUUCUUCUCAUCUCAGCAUCUUCCUGUUAAAUUCACCCUUUUUCAGUGUGUGAAGCCACUAAACGUGACGUGAGCGACGGCUCCUGCUCUCUUUAACUUAUUGGCAGUGACUGAGAGGAGAAGCGGCGUGGCUGAACUCUGACGGCCCCUCCGGCUGUUCCUCACGGCGGCGCUGAGGACACGUCAGGCUGGGAGCGGCUGUAAUCACGCAGAAAUGAGAGUUUUUAGUUUAGAUUUAACGCCUUAAUAGAACCUUUUUGUUAACAUAGCUCAGGUACCGGUGUAGAGAGGUGGGCUUGAUUUGUGUUCCUGCUGGAGGAGAUGUACAGAAGCCGUACUGCAGAGAGGAUGGUUAGCGUUUCCGUUCCUCUGCUGGGCAUUAAAUGGUGAGAUGUUUCUCUGAGGAGUCUGGACCUGAGGAGCUCCUCCGGCUGCUGGAGAAGACACUGACGACUAACUAGCUUCUGUUUACACUGGACGGCACCGCAGCAUGGACCCAGAACCACUGGCAUGACCCACUCUGACACAAUAAAACACGUUUUUAUAUCUGACUGAAGUUCGUCUCAGAAACAGUUUUCAGGAAAAAGAAGACCUCAAGCUGUCCACUCUGUUUUAUGAAGCAUAAUAAAAUAUAAUCCUCCUCUGGUCUUAAAAUGAAGUAAAUGUCUAAAAUAUGA